AUGGAUCCUCCACCCAAGAGUUGCAGCAUCCACACGCGCUCUGAGAUAACCACCAAGUACGAGGUUAUCGGUCGGGUCGGGUCAGGUGCCUACGCUGACGUGUACCACGCCCGGCGCCGCUCCGACGGUGCAGUGGUGGCAUUGAAAGAGGUGCACGAUUCGCAAUCGGCGUCUCGCGAAAUUGAAGCCCUGCGGGUCCUGAAAGGGUCCCAAAACGUGGUCGUUCUGCACGAGUUCUUCUGGCGCGAGGACGAGAACGCGGUUCUCGUGCUCGAGUUUCUCGGAACCGACCUCGCCACCGUGAUCGGAGAAGGUGGUUUCGGCGUGGGAGAGGUUAAGAGGUGGAUGUUACAGGCUCUAAGUGCUGUGGAUGAGUGCCACCGGAAUCUGAUCGUGCAUAGGGACUUAAAACCCGCGAAUUUUUUAGUUUCCGAUGAUGGGGUACUCAAGUUAGCAGAUUUCGGACAGGCAAGGAUACUUGUGGAGUCUGGAUUCGAUGCUCCCCAGGAAGAUGAUGAAGUUUCAAAUAGUGAGAGCUCACUCCAACAACAUCCUGAAGCUAUUUCCCAACUACGCAACUUAAGCCAAACUGGAUAUGAAAAUCCGGAUCAGAGAACCGUGAGUCAUGAGGAAUAUUUCAGAGUUUUAGAUGAGAUGAAAACCAAGAGCGAAUCUUAUGACACUGACAGGGAAACAAACAUCCAUGAUGGAAACACCUCAUGUCUUGCAACAUGCACAACGAGUGACAUUGAUGAUGAACUUUGCAAGGGUUCUUUUACCUACGAAGCUGAGGAGGUGGGAGGGAAUGAACUUGGUUGUCUCACAUCAUGUGUUGGAACUCGCUGGUUUCGGGCUCCUGAGCUACUAUAUGGAUCCACAGACUAUGGUUUAGAGGUUGAUCUUUGGUCAUUGGGGUGUGUUUUUGCUGAACUCUUAACAUCGAAGCCAUUGUUUCCUGGAACAAGUGAUGUAGACCAGCUUAGCAGAAUUGUAAGUGUUUUGGGGAACAUUAACGAAGAAACUUGGCCUGGUUGCUCCAAACUUCCUGAUUAUGGAAAUAUCUCAUUUCUUAAGGUGGAAUACCCUAGUGAUCUUGAAGCAUGUAUGCCCAAUCGCACCCCUCAUGAAGUUUCCCUGGUCAAAAGAUUGGUUUGUUAUGAUCCAGUUAAUAGAAUCACAGCAAUGGAGUUACUUCAAGACAAGUACUUUAGUGAAGAACCUCUUCCUGUUCCAAUUUCUGAGUUGCGGGUUCCUUUAACUAAUAUUGGACAAGACCAGGAUCUCCCUGGUGGGCACAAUGAAUUGGGUUCUGAUUCUGAUUUGGAAGUGUUUGGAACUUUGAACAUCACCACAACUGAUUCUGAUUUAUCUAUACAAAUCCCGUGA